AAUAUCACUUAUCUGAGCACAGGACCGCCACUGAUUAACAGCGGGUAAAGAGACGAAAAAGAGCAGCCUUCAGAUUACUGAGAAAAGCACUCAAAGCUCAGGAUGCUCUCCACAGUGGUCAUCAUUUCCGAAAUGGAGCACUCCGGGCAGGAUGCAGAGGCAUCUUCCCCGCUGAACCCCAACCCUGCUGGGCUCACCCUCCAGCCCCAUGCACCUAACCUACAGUGCUGGUCCCACUUCCAUAAGCCCAUCUUGGCCAUCCUGAUUGGGGGGCUGCUGUUUGGUUCAGGCACGGCUCUGUCCCUGCUAUACUUCACUCAGAUGGGAAACGUACCCUAUCUGCUAGGGCCUCUCCUGCUGUCGGUGGGUCUCAUGUUCUUGGUGACGGGGCUCGUGUGGGUGCCCGUGGUGAAGCAGAGUCUGGAACACAAGGCACUGACUAAGGUCAACGAUGGCAAGGGGAGCCAGCUGGAGCAGCAACAGCACUUAUAGCCUCUGACUGGACUGAAGUCGAUCAUGUCAGUGUGUGUGCAAGUGUGUGUGCAUUUGUGGGUUUCAUACCAAAUGAGUUAAGUAAAUUGGGCCUCUCAAUAUGCAACAAGCUGAGUGGAUAUAAUGCUGACAGAAGUGGUCGUUAUUCAGUAUCUACCAUCACAUCUGUCUAGAUUGUUUCUGUAGUCUACAUGAAUAGAAUGUACUCUUUAUUCAUUGUAAAUAGCGUAGAGAAUCUUAUUUUCUUAAUAUGGGCAAGUACAAUCUCCUCCCUAAAACAAGGGAACAUUCCGUGAUUGUUCUGUUGGAGUAUUAACAUCAUUUUCUGCUUCCCAUCUGUUUGAUUGUGAUCUAUAAGGGUUUGCCCUGUUUUAUUUUCUACCAUAAUCUGCUGUUUUCAUUGUAGCUGCUGUUCUGUGGUGGAUUUGUAAAUCCUCAUAAAUAGGAUUAGGGGGCAGAGAAAUGCAACUGGACAUGACUGGACUUGAUUGCUGAGGUUAUGAUGGACACAUGGGCAUCCAUGUUCCUAUCUAAGAAAUUCAGGAUGGGAAUUAUCUACCCUUUUAUGUUUCUAGGUCAGAAUUAUUGUGUUCCCAUCUGCCCGUGUUUAAAAUGCAAUCAAAUAUACAGCCAAAUUAGAAUUCAGUUAUUAAGUGUGUCCAAACAUUUCACAAACCUAACAUAAUAUGUUGAUCUGGUUGAUUUGUCAACGUCCUUUUGUUUGUUUUCAAUAGUUCAACAUAUUUUAGUGUUGCAUUUUUCAGUUUACUGUAAAAUCCUAGUCUGUUUAAAUUACUGUUUAUUUAUUAAUGUAUCUUACGUCAACUGUGAAAAUGAGGUUUAUUUUAAAUUGAACUUAAUCUCCCUUUUCCUUAAGUGGUGACAUGAAUUUCUCUGAUCAACUUUGUGAGUCAAAUGCAAUUCUGGCUUCAAUUGUGUUCAAGUCUAUCUUCAUGUCUUUCUUCAUGACUUUACAUGUCAUGCAACGACCUGUAACUAUUGUGUAUAAUUAAAUAUGUUCAGAUUAGAGAAGCACAAUAUGAUAUUCACACAACUUGUCUUGUGACUGUUAACUGUUCUAACAGUCGUACUAUGCACAGGUGUGUGGGAUGUGACUUCGCUCUGCCAUGUAUAACAGUAUAACCCUAGUGUUGCCU